AUGCUUUUCACCAACUAUAUUCUUGCAACUUUCGCCACAGCUGCCUUGGCCACGCCAGUUGCACCUGAUGCCGCUCAGGACAUCUCGCCCCGUGACAACGACCUUGCCACCCUCUACGGCAUUGACACGUCCAAGGUGACUGUAUAUGACACUCGCAGUGACGAAGAAAAGAAGAAGCGACAGAACCCGGGCCACGUCUAUGCUUGCGAUGAUAUUGGCUUCGUCGAUCCCUGCGACAACUACGUUUUGACCAAUGGCCAAUGGUUCAACGUCGAGGGCCUGGCCCUGAAUAACCGGAUUUCGAGCAUUGGAGCCAACUGGGGCGCCAACAGCUGGGCUUGGGACCAUUUCGACCCCAACGGCUUGAACUGGAACGACAAGAUCGGUUGCAUCAAGUGCAACGUCUGGGGUUCCUAA